AUGGACGGACGAAUGCCAAGAAGCCUACGAACAGCUACGAAAGUAUUUGAACCAACGCCCGGAGAAAAGUUGUAUUUAUACAUAGCUGUUUCGGCCCAAGCCAUCAGUUCGGUCUUGGUACGGGAAGAAAAUGCUACGCAAUACGCCGUCUACUAUGUCUGUAAAAUCCUAUCUGAAACGGAGGGGCGUUAUCCCUUAGCAGAUAAGAAAGCAUUAACGUUAGUUUAUUCUGUCAGGAAACUACGUCCUUACUUCCAAGCCCACUCAAUAGAAGUUUACACAAAUCUGCCGCUGAAAAGUAUUCUGCAAAAACCAGAAGCAUCGGGUAGGCUCGUUAAGUGGUCUGUAGAACUUGACGAAUUCGACAUUCACUACUUGCUUAGACCCAAUAUAAAAUCUCAAGCACUCGCAGAUUUCAUGGUUGAAUGCACCAUCCCAACAUCUGAUGUUCAACCAAGUACUUUGCCUUCUCCCCGUGUUGGACGUUAUGCUCUUUCAAAACUUACAGCAUCAACAACGGGAGACAUCUACAAGAGAAAGUGCAUUGAGAAGAUCCACUUUCCCAGCAUUCAAGGUCCAUGGGUCAUACAGUCAAUCGAUGAAUCAAGGGAGGUGUCCUGGAUCAAUCCCAUCUUGUCUUUUUUGCAAGAUGGGGUGCUGCCUAAAGAACCCAUGGCUGUAACAAGACUUCGAAGACGAGCAGCAAAUUUCACCAUCAUCGGUGGUGAGUUGUAUAAACGCGCUUUCACCGGACCAUACCUGAAAUGUCUCCCACCUUUAGAAGCUGAUUAUGCGCUCCGAGAAGUUCAUUCGGGAGUAUGCGGAGAGCAUCUGGGAGGAAGAGCUUUGGCUUAUAAAAUCAUGAGGCAUGGAUUCUAUUGGCCUACAAUGAAACAGGACGUACUUGAGUUUACACGAAAGUGUGAAAAUUGCCAAUUACAUUCCAAUCUCACCCAUACUCCAGCUCUAGAACUUGCAUCACUUCAAAGCCCCUAG